CCGAAAAAGGUCGAUUUUUAAAUCGAUUCAAAUCGUGGUUGUUGGCCAAAUAACCGACUUUUUGGAACAGCAUAGUAUAUUAUCAGAGGCACAACAUGGAUUUCGAAAAAAUCGUAGCACAACUUCUGCACUUACACUAUUUUCAGAUACAAUUAAUGAAUAUUUAAAUGAUGGAAAACAGGUUAUGGUUUUGUUUAUUGAUUAUAAAAAAGCCUUUGACACUUUGGACCAUAAUAUAUUAUUGCAAGCGAUGGAGGAGUGUGGAAUCAGGGGCCCUACAAAUAACUUUUUUCGUAGCUAUCUAUCUAAUAGGACGCUCCGUACUGUAGUUGAUGGUGUUGUGGGAGAGGAGGCCCGUAUUAGCUUGGGUGUACCGACUGGUUCUGUUUAUGGUCCUGUCGGUUAUAUUAUGCAUGUAAAUAGUGUAUCUAAUGUAAUAAAAAAUUGUCAAGUGUAUAUGUAUGCAGAUGACAUAUGCUUGCUAUUUGCCUCUAAAGAAACAAAAGAAUUGCAAAAUAAUAUACAGAGUGACUUUGAGAAUAUAACAAAGUGGGCCCAUGAUAAUGGCAUAAUCCUUAAUUUUAAUAAAACAAAAUGCAUGCAUAUACACUCUCCAUAUAAUGCUGCAGCGAAAAACAUAACAUUAAAUGAGAUGGCUGUUGUGGGCCACUGUUUGAGUGCUUACAUAAUAAUAAAAUGAAUUGUAAUUGUAAAAAAAUUGAAUUUGUUGAUAAGAUUAAGUAUUUAGGACUGGUAAUUGAUCAAAACUUUAAUUGGAAACCUCAAAUAUCUGAUGUAUGUACAAGGCUGUCAGUGAUAUUAGGUAAAUUCUAUUUUUUAAAUUACAUUUUGAACAAAAAAUCUAUGUACCUUCUAUACUAUGCUUUGGUGGAUUGCCUCAUAGGUUAUGGACUUGGUGUUUACGGUCGCACUUUUGCUUCUUAUAUAAAGAACAUUAAAAAUUUACAGACAAGAUUUCUAAAAUAUCUUGUAAAUGAAAAAGUUAAAGAAAAUUGUAAGAAAGAUUAUAAUAAGUUAUUCUAUAUUUGUAAAAUUUUACCGGUAGAACACAAAGUUAACAUGCUAUUAGUUUUGGAAAACAUUAAUAAAAAUCAUUAUAAAGAAAAAGUGGAUAAUAAAUAUAGAACCAGGAAAGUUAGAGAAGGGAAAUUAGUUGAGCCUAGUGUUAAAAUCUACUAUGGUAAAAGAUGUACAAAAUACUUAAUAAAUGCUUUUUAAUGAAAUAGACUGGAUAAGGCAAGGUAGACCUGAGUGUAAAAAUACAAAUAAAAAAAGCUUAAGAAGUAUGUUUUAGAGAAAAUAGAAAAUACAUGAUAGCGUAUUUAUACGACAAUUUGUAAAAGUUGUAGUAUUAGAAUUACUAGAAUACAAAAAUAAUAGUGUUUAUACUUAGGAUUUAUUUGCUAUUUGUUUGCUAUAUUAUGUGGGUGGGGUACUUAUUUAAUUAUGUAAUAGGAUGCAAGAGUGCAAUUAUUCGCCAACAAACUGUCUUUACAGUUUGGCGAAGUUUUAAAAUAAUGUUAUGUUUUUGUAAAUAUUGGUAAAUAAAAAAAAAAAUAAGUUUGUUCUCUUUUUAAUUGCAGGUGCUCACUGCUCUAUUCUUUUUUGCAACUGGAUCCUACCAAAGGCCAGUUGGGGUUGCAAAGGACACGUCUCAAAAAAUGUGUAGUGUGUACAUAGAAGUUACCCAGGAGCUGACACACAAAAAUAUAAUUAAUAAAUAUAUUCGGUUCCCUGAUACUCCAGCUGCUAGACAAGCAGUUAGUCAAUGUUUUUACAGAAAAUAUGGAAUCCCUGGAGUGGUAGGUUGUAUUGAUGGAAGUCAUUUUAAAAUAGUUGUCCCACCAAAAGAAGAGGAAUAUUUGUAUUAUAAUUGUAAGCACUACCAUUCACUUAAUGUUCAAAUGGUAUGUGAUGAUGAAUGUAGAAUUUUAAAUGUGAAUCCCAAGUUUGGAGGUGCAAAUCAUGAUUCCUUUAUAUGGGAAAACAAUUUAAACACAUACGUGCAAUCUUUGCACCAAAAUGGAGAAAUUGUCUGGCUUUUAGGAUAUUCUGGAUAUCCCCAAAGCCCAGGGCUUAUGACACCAUUUGUAGAUGCUGAGUCCAAUAAUUAUAAUGAAAAACACAUGAGAGCUCGAGUUGUUAUUGAAAACACAUUUUCAAGGCUGAAAAAUCGAUGGCGAUGUCUGGACAAGGAUAGAGUUUUGCACUACAAGCCCGUAAAAUGUGCACACAUUAUUUUAGCAUGCUCUGUGUUACAUAAUAUAAUUAUUAAUUUUGGUGUUGAGGAUACAGAGGAAAAUAUAGGUCUGCAAUUUGAAAGGAGAAUGGUGGAAUCUGACCAAAUAAGUUACACAGAAAGAGAAGCUACCUCUGAUUUAAUUAGAGGUAGAAUAAGAGAUCAAUUAGCAAGAAGGUUACUAUAGGGAUUAAAUAAAUAAAUUUGAAUAAGCUU